UGAUAUUUAUUCAUUUGGGAUUGUUUUAUUUGAGAUGUUGUGCGGGAGAUCGACUUAUGAAAUCCACAAGCAAGAGGGGCACUAUCUACCUACUUUCAUUAAAAACAAUUUUGGUGAAGGAAAGCAUAAUGAGGUGGUGUUCAAGAAAAUUAAGGAACAAAUCGAGCUAAAAUCAUUAACGACAUUUCAAAAGAUUGCCUACCGAUGCUUACAUCAUGAAAAGGAAGAACGACCGACAACAAAAGAAGUUUUAGUGCAACUUAAGAAAGCUUUAGAAUUUCAGAAAACAAUGACCAAGUUACAAAUCACACUUGAAGACGUAGUAAAGGCCACCAACAACUUUCAACCUGGUAACAUCAUUCGACACGAUAAAUUUAGUAACACAUACAAAGGGGAACUCUUGCAUUCCGGAAAGGAGAUGAAGAUUUCUGUACGGAGGUUUGAUUGUAAGCACGGGGAAUGUGACCUCCAAUUCUUAAAGGAAAAAUCAGUACUUUCUGAUCUCAAGCACACCAAUAUAGUUUCUAUCAUUGGAUAUUGUGAAGAGAAAGAUGAGAAAAUCAUUGUAACCACACUUGAGGCCAAUGGAAGUCUUAGGCAGUAUCUAAACAACCUGAACCUCACAUGGAAGCAAAGAUUGAGGAUAUGUGUAGGUGUUGCACGUGCGUUGAGUUACCUCCAUUACGAAAAGGGACGUGAUUAUGCUAUCACACAUUCUAACAUCAAGAGUGAUACAAUUUUAUUGGAUGAUAACUGGGAAGCCAAGUUAUCCGGUUUUGAAAUUUCCAUGAUAGACUCAUCAUUUGAAAAGACGGAAGAUGUGACCCACAAGUCAGACAUCUACUCAUUCGGUGUUGUUUUAUUUGAAACAUUGUGCAGGGGGAAAGCAUAUAUUGAGGAGGAUAAUAGGUCUCUAGUUUCAUUGGCCAAAUAUCAUUAUAAGAACAAAACACUAAAGGAUAUAAUCCAUCCUAAUCUAUGGAAUCAAAUGUCCCUACAAUCACGCUUUAUCUACUCAGAAACAACAUAUUCUUGCUUAAAUGAGGACCUAGAUAUGCUCCAUGUUAUCGCUGGACUCGAGAAAGCAUUGGAAGUUCAGUUGGCUCGUGAAAAUACUGAAAACAAGUUUGAACACUUGAAGAUUCGUCUCAGUGAUAUUAAAUUGGCUACAAAGAAUUUUUCAGAGACGCAUGCAAUUUCCAUCUGGACAAAAAAAUAUACGUUGUACAAAGCAGAACGCCACUAUUUUUACAAAUAUGAAAAAAAUUCUUCAUCUAAAAAGGGGAAGAAUAAAGGAGAACAUUCCAAGGGAGACAACAAUGUAUAUAUAAAACGCUACACCUCUGGAAAUGAGGCUUACGGAGAAGGAGUGCUUGUUGAGAUGCUUACGAGUGUUAAGUAUCCUAACAUGGUUCCUUUGCUUGGAUUUUGUGUUGAAGCAUCUGAGAUGAUCCAUGUCUUUGAGGAUGAUACGGGUGUAUACCACAAUGCUACUUGGGAUUCCGAUGAGGAAAGGGAAUGGAAGUUGCGCGAUCACUGAAGUAUCUUCACUCUGAGAUGGAAGACCAAAAGGUGAAAAUACAUCAUGA